GGCCUCUCCGUGACCAUCCCCCACAAGCAGCUCGUCCAGCCCUUCCUCGACGAGCUCACGGACGCCGCCGAGGCCAUCGGCGCGGUGAACACCGUGACGCCCCGCGCGAGGACGGCGGCGAUCGACGCCGUGUCGCUCGGCGGCUCGCGGCCCGUGCUCGUCGGCGACAACACGGACUGGAUCGGCAUCUGCGCGACGCUCGAGGACGCGCUCGCGCGCCGCGGCGCGCGCGCGGCCACGGGCAAAGCGCUCGUCGUCGGCUCGGGCGGCACCGCGCGCGCGGCGUGCUACGCGCUCACGAAGGGCUUCGCGCGGCGGACGGGCGCGGGCUUCGACCUCCUCGUCUACGCGCGCGACGUCGCCAAGGCCGAGGCCCUCGCGGCCGCGUUCGGCGGCGAGGCCGUCGCGCGGCUCGACGGCGUCGCCGUCGACGCGGUCGUCUCGACCGUGCCCGGCGACGUGGGCUUCGUCGCGCCCGACGGCCUCCUCGACAACGAGCCCGCCGUGCUCGACGUCGCCUACAAGCCCGCGAUGACGGCGCUCCUGGACCAGGCCCUCUCGCGCGGCUGCCCGGUGUCGCAGGGCGCGUCCAUGCUCGUCAAGCAGGGCGUCGCCCAGUUCGAGCAGUGGACGCGGCGCGUCGCGCCCGAGCCCGCCAUGCGCGCCGCCGUCUUCGAGGGCGUCGACGAGCUCGAGGCCUGA